CAAUUCUGCCCCAGGGCCUAGACCGCCCAGAAGGGAGCAGACGGACAGACGAUCUGACCCCUCUUGGAUCCUGCAGCCAUGAGGCUCCUCUGGGGGCUCGUCUGGGUGUCUAGCUUCUUCGCUUCGUCUCUGCAGAAGCCCAGGUUGCUCCUGUUCUCUCCUUCUGUGGUUCAUCUGGGGGUCCCUCUAUCAGUGGGGGUGCAGCUCCAGGAUGUGCCCCCGGGACAGGUAGUGAAAGGAUCAGUGUUCCUGAGAAACCCAUCCUAUAAUAAUGUCCCCUGCUCUCCAAAGGUGGGCUUCACCCUCAGCUCGGAAAAAGACUUCGUACUUCUCAGUGUCCAGAUCCCCGCGAAAGACAAGAAGAGCUGUGGCCUCGAUCGCCUCCUCAGGGGCCCCAAGGUCCAGCUGGUGGCCCAGUCGCCAUGGCUGAAGGACUCUCUGGGCAGAGAUACAGACAUCCAGGGUGUCAACCUGCUCUUCUCCUCUCGCCGGGGGCACCUCUUUCUGCAGACUGACCAGCCCAUUUAUAACCCUGGCCAGCGAGUUCGCUACCGGGUCUUUACUCUGGACCAAAAGAUGCGCCCGUGCCCUGACACCAUCACGAUCACGGUAGAGAACUCUAAUGGCCUCCGCGUGCUGAAGAAGGAGGUAUAUGCUCCCUCCAUCUUCCAAGAUGACUUUGGGAUCCCGGACAUCUCAGAGCCAGGGACCUGGAAGAUCUCAGCCCGUUUCUCAGACAGCCUGGAAUCCAACCACAGCACCCAGUUUGAGGUGAAGAAAUAUGUUCUUCCCAACUUUGAGGUGAAGAUCAGGCCUGGAAAGCCCUACAUCCUGACAGUGCCUGGCCAUCUUGAUGACAUGCAAUUAGACAUCGAGGCCAGGUACAUCUACGGGAAGCCAGUGCAGGGGGUGGCGUAUGUGCGCUUUGGGCUCCUGGGUGAGGACGGUGCGAAGACUUUCCUUCGGGGGCUGGAGAAUCAGACCAAGCUGGUGGACGGCCAGAGCCACAUUUCCCUCUCAAAGGUGGAGCUCCAGGGCGCCCUGGAGAAGCUUAAUAUUGAUACUGCUGACCUCCUGGGGCUGCGCCUCUAUGUUGCAGCAGCCAUCAUUGAGUCUCCAGGCGGGGAGAUGGAGGAGGCGGAGCUCACUUCCUGGCGGUUUGUGUCAUCUCCUUUCUCCUUGGAUCUUAGCAACACCAAGCGUCACCUUGUACCUGGGGCCCCUUUCCUGCUGCAGGCCCUGGUCCGGGAGAUGUCUGGCUCCCCGGCCUCUGGCAUUCCUGUCAAAGUUUCUGCCACGUUGUCUUCUCCUGGGUCUGCUUCUAAACUCCAGGACUUCCAACAAAACACAGAUGGGAGCGGCCGAGUCAACAUUCCCAUCAUUAUCCCCCAGACCACCUCAGAGCUGCAGCUCUUGGUGUCCGCAGGCUCCCCCCACCCAGCCUCGGCCCCGCUCACCGUGAGAGCCCCGCCCUCAGAAGGCUCUGGGUUUCUGUCUAUUGAGCGACCCGACCCUCGGCUCCCUCGUGUUGGGGACACUCUCAACCUGAACGUGCGAGCUGUGGGCAUCAGCGGGGCGACCUUCUCUCAUUACUACUACAUGAUCCUGUCCCGGGGUGAGAUCGUGUCUGUGAACCGUGAACCCAGGAGGACCCUGACCACGGUCUCUGUGUUUGUGGACCACCACCUGGCGCCCUCCUUCUACUUUGUGGCCUUCUACUACCAUAGAGGCCUCCCAGUGGCCAACUCCCUGCGAGUGGACGUCCAGGCCGGGGCCUGCGAGGGCAAGCUGGAGCUGAGCGUGGACGGCGCCAAGGACUAUCGUGUCGGGGAGAGUGCAAAGCUCCGCCUGCAGACCGACUCCCCAGCCCUGGUGGCACUGGGAGCUGUGGACACGGCUCUGUACGCUGUGGGCCGCAGGUCCCACAAGCCCCUCGACAUGCGCAGGGUCUUUGAAGCUAUGAACAGUUAUGACCUCAGCUGUGGUCCUGGGGGUGGGGACAGUGCCCUUCAAGUGUUCCAGGCAGCGGGCCUGGCCUUUUCUGAUGGAGAAAAACGGACCUCAACCAGAGAGAGUCUGAGCUGUCCCAAGGAGAAGAAAGCCCGGAAAAAGAGAAACGUGAACUUCCAAAAGGCGAUCAGUGAGAAGUUGGGCCAGUAUGCCUCCCCCACAGCCAAGCGCUGCUGCCAGGACGGGCUGACACGGCUGCCCAUGACACGCUCCUGCGAGCAGCGGGCGGCCCGUGUGCUGCAGCCGGCCUGCCGGGAGCCCUUCCUGUCCUGCUGCCAGUUUGCAGAGAGCCUGCGCAAGAAGAGCCAGGCCAGGGGCCCGGAGGGCCUCGCCCGAGCCCUGGAGAUCCUGCAGGAAGAGGACCUGAUCGACGAGGAUGACAUUAUCGUGCGCAGCUUCUUCCCGGAGAACUGGCUCUGGAGAGUGGAACCGGUGGACCGUUCGCAAACGUUGACUCUGUGGCUCCCCGACUCUCUGACCACGUGGGAGAUCCAUGGUGUGAGCCUGUCUAAAAGCAAAGGCCUGUGUGUGGCCACGCCAGCCCAGCUCCGAGUGUUCCGCGAGUUCCACCUGCAUCUCCGCAUGCCCGUGUCUGUCCGCCGUUUUGAGCAGCUUGAACUGCGGCCUGUCCUCUACAACUACCUGGAUAAAAACCUGACUGUGAGCGUCCACGUGUCCCCAGUGGAAGGGCUGUGCCUGGCUGGGGGCGGAGGGUUGGCCCAGCAGGUGCUGGUGCCUGCAGGCUCUGCCCGGCCUGUUGCCUUCUCUGUGGUGCCCAUGGCAGCUGCUGACGUGUCCCUGAAGGUGGUGGCUCGAGGGUCCUUCGAAUUCCCUGUGGGGGAUGCAGUGUCUAAGGUUCUGCAAAUUGAGAAGGAAGGCGCCAUCUACAGGGAGGAGCUGGUGUACGAACUCAACCCCCUGGACCACCGAGGCCGGACCUUGGAAAUUCCUGGCAACUCUGAUCCCAAUGUUAUCCCUGAUGGGGAUUUCAGCACCUUUGUCAGGGUUACAGCCUCAGAUCCACUGGACACUUUGGGCUCUGAGGGGGCCUUGUCUCCAGGAGGCCUGGCCUCCCUCCUGAGGCUUCCUCGAGGCUGUGGGGAACAAACCAUGGUGUACUUGGCUCCGACACUGGCUGCUUCCCGCUACCUGGACAAGACAGAGCAGUGGAGCACGCUGCCGCCUGAGACCAAGGACCAUGCUGUGGAUCUGAUCCAGAAAGGCUACAUGCGGAUCCAGCAGUUUCGGAAGACAGAUGGUUCCUAUGGGGCGUGGUUACACCGGGACAGCAGCACCUGGCUCACUGCCUUUGUGCUCAAGGUACUGAGUUUGGCCCAGGAGCAGGUGGGCGGUUCACCUGAAAAGCUACGGGAGACGGCCGGGUGGCUGCUGACCCAGCAGCAGGCUGACGGCUCGUUCCAGGACCCCUGUCCAGUGAUCCACAGGGACAUGCAGGGGGGCUUGGUGGGAAAUGAUGAGACCGUGGCACUCACAGCCUUUGUGGUCAUCGCCCUUCACCACGGGCUGGCCGCCUUCCAGGAUGCAGGGGAGCUGAAGCAGAGAGUGGAAACCUCCAUCUCAAAGGCAAGUUCAUUCUUGGGGGAGAAAGCAAGUGCUGGGCUCCUGGGUGCCCACGCAGCCGCCAUCACGGCCUAUGCCCUGACGCUGACCAAGGCACCCCAGGACCUGCAGGAUGUUGCCCACAACAACCUCAUGGCCAUGGCCCAGGAGACUGGCGAUAGCCUGUACUGGGGCUCAGUCACCAGUUCUCAGAGCAAUGCUGUGUCGCCCACCCUGGCUCCUCGCAGCCCGGCAGAGCCCGUGCCCCAGGCCCCAGCCCUGUGGAUUGAAACCACAGCCUACAGCCUGCUGCAUCUGCUGCUCCGCGAGGGCAAGGCAGAGAUGGCGGACCAGACUGCAGCCUGGCUCACCCGUCAGGGCGGCUUCCAAGGGGGGUUCCGCAGCACCCAGGACACGGUGAUCGCCCUGGAUGCCCUGUCGGAAUACUGGAUCGCUUCCCACACCACCGAGGAAAAAGAACUCAACGUGACUCUCAGCUCCACAGGCCGAAAUGGGUUCAAGUCCCACGUGCUGCAGCUGAACAACCACCAAAUUCGGGGGGUGCAGGAAGAGCUGGAGUUUUCCCUGGGCAGCAAGAUCAGUGUGAAGGUGGGAGGAAACAGCAAAGGAACCUUGAAGGUUCUUCGUACCUACAACGUCCUGGACAUGAAGAACACGACCUGCCAGGACCUGCAGAUUGAAGUGACAGUCAAGGGCCACGUUGAGUACAUGAUGGAAGCAAACGAAGACUACGAGGACUAUGAGUAUGAGGAGCACCUGGCCAGGGAUGACCCAGGUGCCCACGUGCAGCCUGUGACACCCCUGCAGCUGUUUGAGGGCCGGAGGAGCCGCCGCAGGAGGGAGGCGCCCAAGGUGGCCGAGGAGCAGGAGCCCCGCGUGCAGUACACCGUGUGCCUCUGGCGGAAUGGCAAGGCGGGGCUGUCUGGCAUGGCCAUCGCGGACAUCACCCUCCUGAGUGGGUUCCAUGCCCUGCAGGCUGACCUGGAAAAGCUGACCUCCCUCUCUGACCGAUACGUGAGUCACUUUGAGACCGAGGGUCCCCACGUCCUGCUCUACUUUGACUCGGUCCCCACCUCCCGGGAGUGCGUGGGCUUUGGAGCUGUGCAGGAGGUGGCCGUGGGGCUGGUGCAGCCGGCCAGCGCGGCCUUGUAUGACUACUACAACCCCGAGCACAGAUGUUCGGUGUUUUAUGGGGCACCAAGUAAGAGCAAACUCCUGGCUACCUUGUGCUCCGCUGACAUCUGCCAGUGUGCUGAGGGGAAGUGCCCUCGCCAGCGUCGCACCCUGGAGCGGGGGCUGCAGGAGGAGGAUGGUUACAGAAUGAAGUUUGCCUGCUACUACCCGCGCGUGGAGUACGGCUUCCAGGUUAAGGUUCUCCGAGAAGAUAGCAGAGCUGCCUUCCGCCUCUUUGAGACCAAGAUCACCCAAGUCCUGCACUUCACCCAGGAUGUCAAGGCCACUGCUGGGCAGACCCGCAACUUCCUGGUGCGAGCCUCUUGCCGCCUGCGCCUGGAGCCUGGGAAAGAGUUUCUGAUCAUGGGUCUGGACGGGGCCACAUAUGACCUCAAAGGAGACCCCCAAUACCUGCUGGACUCGAACAGCUGGAUCGAGGAGAUGCCCUCCGAGCGCCUGUGCCAGACCACCCGCCAGCGGGCAGCCUGUGCCCAGCUCAGAGACUUCCUCCAGGAGUACCGCACCCAGGGCUGCCAGGUGUGAGGCUGCCUCCCACCUCCCCCGGGAUGAGCCUGGUCCCCUGAACACAGCCGCAGGACAGGGUCUGAGUCAUAAUAAAGGCCUUGGGCAGCA